CUCUAUAUAAUAAUCGAAUGUGAAAGAUAUAUUUAUUGCUGAUUCGACAAGUAAAAGUAGUUAUAAUUUAAUUAGCUUUAAAUAUAAAAGAUUAAUUUAAUAUUUGAAUUCUAUAUUGGAAUUAUUAAACUAAAGCCUUUUUCUGCCGCUUCGAAAGACAUAAGAACCUCGUCUGUCGACACCUAACCUAACCUCAAAAUCAAACAUCACACACGUCUCGUUAUAAUCAAACUCAAAGUUAAUGUUUUGUAAAGUAUAUUUUAUAUAUUUUUUUAUUUAUUAUCACUAUUAACAAAAUACCAGUGACGUUAAAAUGUCUACUUCUAAAUUAUUGACAAAAUUAACGGAAUCAACAUUCACGGGAAAAUUGUUUGCUUUUCGAAAUAUGAGUGUCGUUUCGUCGAAAACAUUACUUUACAAAGAAUAUGGGGAACCUUUCAAUGUUCUUGAAUGUCAAACGGAUCAAGUAAAUAAGCCAGAGGCAAAUCAGGUGAUUGUAAAAUGGUUAUUGUCGCCGGUCAACCCGGCUGAUAUUAACACAAUUCAAGGUAAAUAUCCCAGUAAACCGACUUUGCCAGCAGUACCAGGAAAUGAAGGAGUUGGUGAAAUAGUUGCUCUGGGAUUGAAUGUUCAGAAUUUACAAGUUGGCGAUAGAGUUGUUCCAAAUGCUUCCAAUAUUGGAACGUGGAGAACGAAAGGAAUAUACAAAUCUGAGGAUGUUAUGAAGAUUCCGAAGGAUAUUGGAACCGUGGAAGCGAGUAUGUUAAAUGUAAAUCCUUGCACGGCGUAUAGAAUGUUAAAAGACUUUGUUCCACUUAAUUCUGGAGAUACAGUCAUUCAAAACGGGGGCAAUUCCGCAGUCGGACAAUUAGUGACACAACUUUGUAAAAUAUGGAAUUUUCAAAAUGUCAGUGUUGUAAGAGAUAGACCUGACAUUUCAGAUCUUAAGUGUCAACUCAAAGAAAUGGGAGCGACUGAAGUUUUAACCGAAGCCGAAUUGCGAAAAACGGAUUUAUUUAAAAGCAAAAAAUUACCCCAACCAAAAUUAGCUUUAAAUUGCGUUGGUGGACAGAAUGCUCUCGAAGUAUUGAGACAACUUGGUCAUGGAGGUGUUAUGGUCACUUAUGGUGGAAUGUCCAGAGAACCCGUCACCGUUCCCACUUCAGCUUUAAUAUUCAAAGACGUAUCAGUGAAAGGUUUCUGGAUGACCGCGUGGAAUAAGAAGAAUUUAAACUCAAAGGAUAGAACCGAUAUGUAUGAAGAGUUGGCAAAAUAUUUCAAAGAUAAAAAAUUAAUUGCACCACCGUACAAAAUAAUUCCAUUUUCAAAUUAUAAGGAAGCAAUUGAGAAUGCUCUAAAUCUCGAUGGUAAACAGGGACUAAAGUAUAUUCUAGAUUUGGAGAAAAAUUAAAAAUAUUUUCCAAAGAAUAGUCAAUUUGAAAGGAGGAAGAAAGAAAAGAAAAAUAUAAGGUUACACGUGCAUUUAUUCAAACGUACAAGUGUACAUAGAGUACCAAUAAUAUUUGCAAUUAAAAAAAUCGCAAAUUUUACAAAA